CUCUCUCCUUUCCCUUCCCCCUCCCAGGGCUGGCAAACAAUUUGAUCUGGGUUAUACAUGUAUUAUCAGAACAGUGGCUACUUUGAGCAAGGGUUAGGGAGUGAUAUCAGUGAAGAAGUCUAAAAUGAAUCAUAGCUUGUUUCUGCUCAUAGAGAGGUUAGCAUUUGAAACAGGUCUUAAUGGGUUGGAUUUGUAGACAGAGAUGGAGAGAAGGGUAUUCUGGGAGAAACUGCCUGAAUAAAGAUGUAAAGACAUGACAACAAACUGAGAUGCUGAAGCAUGGUAUUGUCAAUCCUAUCGACUCAAGUCUCUAUUUCUCCUUUUCUGCUUUCCCACACCAGUCAGUCAACAUCUGCUGCCUUCGAAAGUUCCUAGCUUCAAGAGAGGAGAUGGCUGCUGGAGUGAUCAGAACUUUAUGUGACUUUAGACUGCAGGCCCCCUUCCAUCAGUCAUUUCUACCUACUACUAGCCACCGAGAUCCAGACUUCCCUGAAACCUCAGAGGAAGAGGAGGAAGAUGGGGAAGAGGAGGAAGAUGGGGAAAAACAAGUGGAGGACCUGGAACUGGCAGGCAGUAGUCCAGGAGGCCAGAGGUCAGACCAAGAGCUGGCGAAGGGUCCCACUAGGCCAAGCCCAAGUAGUACUGAGAUGACUUUGCAACUCCUUCGUUUCUCUGAACUCAUCAGCUGUGACAUCCAGAAGUACUUUGGUCAGAAGACAAAAGAUGAAGACCCAGAUGCCUGCAAUAUUUAUGAGGAUAGCCGCCCCCCUUGCAAAUCUGCUAGAGAGCUUUAUUAUGCAGAUUUGAUGCAGAUUGUCCAGAGUGGGGACCAGGAGGACGAGGACACUGACACUGCUAGUCUCUCCAAAGGCUUGGAUUGUCAGGCCAGGUUCAUCUCCAGCCGAGAUAGAUCUCUGAAGCUGGGGCCUCUGGUUGAGCUCUUUGAAUAUGGGCUCUGUCAAUAUGCCAGGCAGAGAGUGUCUGACAGCAGGAGGAUGAAGCUUGAAAAGAAGUAUGGCCAUAUCACCCCAAUGCACAAAAGGAAGCUACCACAAUCCUUCUGGAAGGAGCCAGCUCCCAGCUCCUUAUGUCUGCUCAACACCAGCACACCUGACUUUAGUGACCUGCUUGCCAACUGGACAUCAGAUGUGGCCCAAGAGCUCCACAGUGUGGGAGGCCGGGAGCUGGGCAGACAUGCCCUGGAAAUGGAUCAUUUAGAGGAGGCAUAA